CCAAAAUGAGAUAACGUCAAGCUAUACCAUGACAAACAUUUCAGUAAAGCUUCAGCUUCACGAUGAAUUCAGAAGACAGUAUUUAACAUGAGCAUUUGGGAGCGUGUACGUCUUCGAGUUGAAACUAUACAGAAUCUUGAUGAAGUAAAAAUGGUAGAUGAUCGAACACUUUCAACUCAUAUCUUAGACACAUCCAAGGGACUAGCAGCCGCAAAUGUACCCAUUACAAUUUUUCGACUUGAAAAUGAUUCAUGGAUUAAACUAAGUCAAUCGGAGACAGAUAAUGAUGGCAGAGUAUCAAAACUCUUAACACUGGACCAAUUUCAAAGUGGCAUUUUUAAGUUAAGUUUUGAUGUUCGCAAAUAUUUUGAAGCCAACCAAGUCAAGAGUUUUUAUCCUUUGAUUGAAGUUGUUGUUGAAUGUGAACGUGGGCAACAUUAUCAUGUGCCAUUGCUCUUAAAUCCCUUUGGGUAUUCUACUUAUCGUGGAACGUAAAAGAUUAAAAUGAUUUAAAAAUGAUUGUUGUACAAUUGUUGUCUAUGAAUUAAAAAUAUUAAAAAGAUGUAGGUGUAUUAUCUCUU